CCUAACAUAUCAUCCCGUCUCUUCCAUCUCAUCUCCAUGCUUUUUACGUUAUCUACUUUAGUUACACAAAUCAUUCUUCUCUCUCUUUCUUUUCAACUCUCCGGUCGACCGAGAAGGCUAUGACGAGCGAAUAACCCGUCUCGUACGGUUUCAAUUAUUACAGCAAGGUUGUAUCUGCUACUCCGUUUUAGAUGGGCUAAUUCGACGUAUAUCGUAUCGUGAUGGGGAUCCGUGGCUUUGGGCAGGCUGUCCAGAAGUAUGGGGUCUUCUCAUCAUUAAGCGGCGAUAGUGUCGUCAUUGACGGUCCCGCCCUUGUUCAUCGUAUUUCUGACGCCUGUAUGAAGCUACGACCAUCUACAUGUGGGUUUGUUUGUCAUCCUCCAUACUCAAUCCUCAGCCAGAUGGUAAUAGGUUGGCUUGAUGAGUUGAAACGGCAUAACGUCAAUGUGAGGAAAAUAUACUUUGAUGGAUAUCUACCGCCAAGUAAAUGGGAUGUAAGGCGUGAACGGCUUCUGAAACAAUCCCAGAAUAUGAAGGCGCUUAUGUCCUCUGGGCCUUCCGGGUCGCCUAAAACGCCACAGGAUGCGUUUGGAAAUCUCGAAGCCAGCAUUGCAUUAACCCGAAUAGACAUCAAGUCCUCCCAGAAAUUACCCAAGCCCCCUUUUAUGAUUCCCGCAGUUCUAGAAGCCCUGAGGAGAAGCGAAGCCUGGGGCCAUUUAGUCCUAGUCGUCCCCGGUGAAGCCGAUAUGUUCUGUGCGCAAGAUGUUCGAGAGAAUGGUGGUACCUUAUUAACAAGUGACUCCGACCUCCUCAUCCAGGAUCUUGGGAAAGGAAAUGUCUCAUUUUUUUGGGAUGUUGUCCCUACAGACCACACUUCCAAGGAACUUGGUAUAAGGGCAUGCAAAAUGUCACUUCAUGAUAUAAAUGAACGCUUGGGCCUAAUAAACCUUGGCGGCCUCCCUCGAGUUGCUUUCGAAAAACAGAGAACCAGAAUGGAUUUCGAUACUGCAGUACAGAAAGCUCGAGACAGUCGUGAAGAUACACUUAAUUCCAAAAACUACCGGCACUUCAUAGAAGAGCUAGAACUGAAGGAAUACAUACCAAGGCAUCACGCAGUACUAGGUAUACUUUCCGACUUAGACCCUAGAAUAUCAGAAGUUAUUAUCCAGACCUUGCUUCUAGAAGAGGCAGAAUUAAAUACCUCGACUCUAGAUACGAAGACACAACGAGGGCCAGAAACCCUCUCCAUAUUUUUACCAGUUAUGAUUGAAAAUCGAGACAAGAAAAGUGCGUGGACUAUGAGCACAGAUGUCCGAGAAAUCGCAUACAGCAUUCUUCAAAGUUUAAUUAAUCAAAAAGCUAGUAAAAUCAUUGAGUAUCGUACUCUAGACCCAACAACAGCCCUAGCGGGCCGAGAAGUCACGAUUCCCGAGCCCGAAGAAACAAUCAACAGCUGUGUCCAUUUAGUGGCCAUUUUAGACCAGCUAGCGCAGGGAUUACCGGCUCCAGAUCUUUCAUGGUUGGGAUUUGCAGUGUACCUUGACGUCGAAUCGUCUAUAUCAGAACAACGUCCGUCUCUCUCGGCAGCACUCGUCAGCAAAGCAGCGAGUCAGCUCGAAGAUCUAGACGAAAUGUAUUCAUGGGACCUGAUACACUUUACAGCGCAGGUUCAUGCUUGUCUUUAUUCGCUCAGGAUACAGAAGCAAAUCCUAGACGUUGCCGUUUUCAUGGGUCAAGAUCUCCCAACACUAGUACAAGAAUUGCAUAACCGUCUUGCAUCGCUUCCUCUUAUCGCAGAAUGGCCUACAGUCGAAUCUAUGUUCGACCUACUAUCUAGAUUUGGCAAUGCGAAAGGACUCGAAAAAAUAGCGGGUAUGCUCGGGAUCUCCAGCAUCGUAGAGGCGGAGCUCUCUACAAACCACCCAGAGCCAAGAAAGAGGCAGAGGGGAGCUGGUGAAGCUGCCCUUCCCAAAGGAAGCCAACAAGAUACCAAGCGACCACGUUCUAUUAAUCCAUUUGCAAUUCUUAGCCAAGCGGCUCAAGACGCGUAACAUACAGUCCUUCGUUGGAAAUGAAUUACCGGUUGCGAUUGUGGCUCGAACGGCCCGCCCACACGAAAAUAUAUAUUCAUCA